AUGUGGAAGGACGUCAGCAAUGAUGAUGCCCGACCCUCCAGCAGCGGCUCCUCUCGCAGCGCUAGCCGCAGGAAAAGAACCAGCUUCUCUAAGGAGCAUGUAGAGCUGCUACGUGCUACUUUUGAGACUGACCCUUACCCUGGCAUUAGCCUCAGGGAGAACCUGUCCCAGACCACCGGCCUGCCAGAGUCUCGCAUACAGGUGUGGUUUCAGAACAGGAGAGCUCGCACCCUAAAGUGUAAAGGAGCAAAAACUCUUUGGCAGUCUGACAGCCCCGUCCACGAUGCUCUGCCACCCGCUCAUGUCCGCAGGGGCCCGCCUCAGGGACCCCCACCCGCCUACCCUGCCCAGGUCAAGGAGGAGAUGGAGGAACCCUGCUACUAUGGACAGUGUCCUCAAGCCUACUCCACCAUCGAGGAGCACGGACAUUAUAGUUCCAUGUAUGGGCUCCAACAGGGUCGACAGCUGGGGAGCAGCUCCAGCCCACCUCUGAGGGGUCUCUGGGAUCAGCCAGGCAGCCAAACCUCCCCUGUUCCCCCUCUGUGGUGCCACUCUCCUCUGGAGAUGAGAAACUACGGGUCAAACUACAUGUACCCUGGAUCAGCGGAGCAUCAGAUGUACAUUCCCGGUUCCAGCUCCCACUCCACACCUGACACGCCUGACUCUGGGUACUGGGAGGCCAGUCUGGAGAACAGCCCCCCACUGGAGGGUCAGUACACGCAGUUGGAUGAUUCAUGGAGCGGAGCGGCUUUGGAGAGCCGCAGGGAGUCAGGAUACCCACUGGUCCCACAUGCCCCCUUGCCCGAGCUGUCCCUGCAGGAGAUCCUGGGGGAGCUGAAUGAGGACUGGUUGGGAGGAGAGGGGCUGGAUAGUCGUUCUGCUGAGGAUAAAAUGUCUUUCUGCUGACUUUGUAGUAAGA